AUGUCCGAAUGCCUCAACAAAUGCCUAACUUGACCAAGAGAACAUAAAAGGCCAACUUGAAUAUGCUAAAUGAACUUGGAUAGGCCUGUGGCAUUCUGAAAGAAUGUUUUAUGGAGUGAUGAGAUCAAACGGGAACUUUUUAGAUCCAUGGAUCAGAAGUAGUCUGGCACAAAAAAAAAAGCUUGACUUAUGACUAGAAGAACACCAUCUUGACCAUGUGAUCAGCGUCAUGGAUUUGCUGAAUUAUCAGGCCAUUUUGGCAAAGAUUAUGAUGCCUGGACUAUGUAAACUGAAGCUUCACUGGAUCAUUGGACUUUCCACCGGGACAAUGAUCCCAAGUAUAAAUUCAAAUACCAAAGCUUUGUUCAGGUAUCAAUCCUGGAAUGUUUUAAACGGCCUGCUCAGUCUCCAGAUUUAAAGUUCCUUGAAAAUCCUUGGUGAUAUUUGAAAAAAGCAGUGGCAGCACAGAAACCACAGAAUAUCAGUGAGCUGGAAGCUUGUACACACAAGGAAUGGCCUAAGAUUCCAGUAGAGUGCAAGAAGCUUGUAAGCACUUAUAGACAAUAUUUAUUUGAGAUUAUAAAAGUGAAGGAUUCUCUACAAAACUUAACUUUUGGGGUUGAAUAAUUUUGUAAAUGGAUGUUUAUAGCCAGUUUGAUAUUUUGAACUCAGUAACUCAACUUUAUGUUCUCAGAAUCACUCAAAUGUGUAAUAAUAAGCUUUCUAUGAUGGUUUACUGAUGCCUUAGUUGAAGUGUUUUCAUACAAUUUUGUUCACAAAACCAGUAUGUCUUGCAGGUUAGGGGGGUUCGAUAAUUUUGAUUCCAAGUGUAUGAAAUACAAUUUGGCCAUAUAAUUAUUAGUGGUUAUGGCCCUGCCAAGUAUGAGGUCAGUUUAGUGGGCUUUUUGCAGUGUGCAUUAUAAGUGGAAACUGUUUCACAGAAACCAUGAAGUCUGAAAUCAAAUGAAUCUUGCUUUUUUUGUUUCCGGGUACAUUGCAAAAUCAAGGCCUAAUAGUCAUAAAAUCAUGAAACAAAACCAAAAAAAGGAAACUUAUUAUGAUGGACGUAAAUGAUAAGAAAGACCAGAUAUCCCAAUGCCAACACUUUUUUUCUUUCAAAUCAUUACUUGACAAUGGUCUGCAUGGUCUAGGAUCAGUUGAAAAUUAAAAUGGUUUGAGAAGGAGAAAAUCAUUACAUUUUGAUGACAGACUUGAUCAAACAUGUUUUUCUUCACAAUAAUGUGCACUGAUGAAUCAUGCACAAUAAUAAAAUUAAUAAAAUUUAAAUAAGAUCAAUUUUGAUUACUGUACAUUUAGCUUGAGGUAUAAAUAGCAAUGGCGUCUGACUCGCUUCUUGCAGUGAACAAACCAACAACUUCCUGCUUUACCAGAUAUGAGCUUAGCCACAAUUUUAUGCCACACGACCUCCAAGGUGUAUUGCUAAAUUUCUAGCAGAGAAAUUAGAGCACAUCAAAUUUAUAGAUGUGUACUUUUCUGUGGCUCAAACAGUAGAGAAUGGUGCUAGUCAAUGUCAAGGUCAUGGGUUUGAAUCCCAAGGAGUGCAUAAACUGAUAAAUGUACAUUUUUGUCAGACGCUAUACAUUUUUAAAUGAUUUCAUAAUCAUUUAUGAAGCCUCUUCUGCUCACCAAGUCUGUGUUUAUUUGAUAAAAAAAUACAGUAAAAACAGUAAUAUUGUGAAAUAUUUAUUACAACUUAAAAGAACUGUUUUCUAUUGUAAUAUACUUAAAAAAAUUUCUUGUGAUCAAAGCUGAAUUUUCAGCAUCAUUACUCCAGUCUUCAGUGUCCCAUGAUCCUUCAGAAAUCAUUCUAAUAUGCUGAUUUGCUGCUCAAGAAACUUUUAUAAUUAUUAUUAUUAUUAUCAGUGUUGAAAUAAGUUGUGCUGCUUAAUAUUUUUGUGGAAACCACGAUACAUUUUUAUUCAGGACUCUUUGAUGAAUAGAAAGUUCAAAAGAACAGCAUUUAUUUGAAAUGGAAAUCUUUGGUAACAUUAUAAAUGUCUUUACUGUCACUUUUUACCAAUUUAAUGCAUCCUUGCUGAAUAAAAGUAUUAAUUUACUGAAUAAAAAAUAUUAAUUAAAAAAAGUAUUUAUUAAAAAUAAAUAAAUAAAUAAAACACUGUGUACUUGAAGCAUACAAGCCACUUCAAAGUACUGAUCUCGCAAAAAAUCUUUUGUGUGUGCAUAUUUGGUUGGCUGUGUGGAUGAGUGAGUGAGUGAGACAACUUCCUAUUUUAACCACAAGUACUUCAAGUAAGUUCCUGUAGAGUUCUUGUGCUUUUUGUCUAAUCAUGGCUGAUGAUGAGAAGAUGAUCUAUACUUCCCUGGAGGUGCUCAUCGCUGUAGGAUGCUGCCUGGGGAACAUGCUGGUGAUCUGGGCCGUGUGGUCGUGUCGUGCCCUGAGUCAGACAACAUUCUGUUUCGUUGUGUCGCUGGCGGUGGCAGAUUUUCUGGUGGGGCUGGUGGCUGUGCCUUUCGCAGUGGUAGUUGAUGGAAGGCUGAAGACUAGUUUCCACUGCUGCCUCUUCAUCAGCUGUGUGGUCAUUGUGUUGACCCAGGCCUCCGUCCACUCCCUGCUGGCCAUCGCUGUGGACCGAUACCUGCGUGUUUAUAACCCUCUCAGGUACAGAGGAGCAGUCAAAAAGCACCACUUGUGGGUCGCGGUCACUGUAUGUUGGCUCUCUGCUUCUAUACUAGGCCUCAUCCCCAUGCUCGGAUGGCACAACGAAGACACCACAACAAGAGAAAACUCCACUAUUACAUGUAAUUUCAUCACAGUUAUACACAUGUCCUUCAUGGUCAACUUCAACUUCCUCGCUUGCAUCCUGCCACCCACCGUCAUUAUGAUAGCCCUCUACAUGUUACUCUUUAAUAUGAUAUCUAAGCAGCUGAGAAAAGGAGUCGGGUGCACCGUGAAGCCCAGGUCAUUUUACCACAAGGAACGGAGACUGGCCAAUUCUCUGGCUUUGGUGCUGGUUCUGUUUGCCGUUUGUUGGCUCCCGCUGCACAUAAUGAACACGCUGGUGUAUUACAAGAUUGUAGAAGUGCCCACUGUCUCCUUCCACAUCGGCAUCCUCCUCUCUCACGCCAACUCUGCAGUUAACCCCAUAGUGUACGCUUUUAAGAUCCCUAAGAUUAAGAUGGCAUAUAAAAGCAUCUUGAUGAAGCUGACAAGCACAGAGCUGAAUCAGAGCAGCCAGACUUUGGAUAAUGCCAACAGCAACUCAAACAGCACCGCCAGGUGUACCAUGAAAUUAAACCCACAGGUAGUUUUAGCCAACAAUCAGGACGAUUAGCAUGAGUCUGUUCUCAAGCACAAUAAGUAGGGGAGACCAGGGCUAGAACUAGAGACAAAAGUUCAAUUAUACAAAUGAGCAAUUUCUCCAGUAGUGGUUUUAUGUUAGUUUAAAAAAAAGUCUGAAUUUUAAUGUCCAAACUACAGCAGGCAAAAGUUGGGUUCUGGGAAAUAAAAAAAACUCAAUUUUCUCUAUAGGUAAAAUGAUUUUUAAUUUUUAAAGACAGACCUGAUAUAAGCGCUGAGGUUGUUAAUCAGUGGUAUAGGCUUUUGUUGAAACCAUCCCUUUGCAUUAUUUCAACUUAUUUUUAAAAUUAUUGUGUUUAACAGUGGAAUUUGUGGUGAAAAACAACAUUACCC